UGUAGGUCAGGGCCCCCCCCUGUUUAGCACGAAAAUAUGCUAUGUGCUUUGCUAUCACAGGAUUCUUUCUCUGCUACAGUCGGUGUCUUGGACUUCUCUUCUGCAAGGCCAUGAAACAAAUGUUGUCAGGAGGUGCUCGCUGGAUGACAAUGUGAUGCUCAGAAAAAGAGAGGGCAAAGAUUUGAAAUGAGUCGGUGUGUCUCAUCAAUGCGCAUAAGCGUACUUACAUGCAGCACAGUGCGCGCCGUCUCCGACGCAGAAAGUGGCAUGACGCUGCUUUUGCCUGGACCGGCGAUGGUUCUUUCGCCGUCGGACUGGAGGCACUCUCGUACUCCUACCCACGCGAAUAUGCUAACUUGCCACUGUGGUCUUCCCGCUUUGAUCCGUGCUCCGAGCUCGAAAAAACGACGUCGGCGGCCACUACAACACCAGAGCAGGUAGAAUUUGGUUUUUCUUUUUCACCGUUGUUUCUGUGACGACGGUUUUCCAAAGCGCAAAUGGGAUUUCACUUUUCACCGAGUCCGUGGAAAGCUAUCGGGAGAUGGUCAAUUUCUACCUCCAUUCCGAUUCCAAGGGAAAUCAACGGUUGCCUGUGAUCUAUGAUCUCGAUGGCUGCGGUUGAAGUGUCUGCGUUAGUAAAGGCUGAUGAAAAAGCGAAUGAAGGACAAGAAGGACAACAAGCGGAAGACCAUGGUAAUGUAAAUAGUGGAAGGGGCGUCAAUGCAGAGGGCAAUGGACGUGAUGGCGCAAAUAGCAGCCAAGGCACCGCCAUCAUCUUCCUUCGAAAAUGAGGCAGAACAUCCAGAAUACGGGAACGCCACAGCUGAGGACGAAGCACUUGAAAGCGGUUGUGUAGACAUCAGGGAAUGCGAGUGGAAAUGCUACGUGAAUCAGCAGAGUGACGCAUGGCAAUAUCGCAAUGCCUCAAAGGCUCAUGGUGUCUGCUACCACAGCAAUUCCGAUCCAAUGGCUAAGAAAGCGAUUGCAUGAAGCAAAGACCCUAUGAUAAUGUUGGGUCAGUUUUAACUUUAUUUCAGCAUAGAUUUCUGAUUUCUAAUGCCCACGAGACUAUUUCAACAUACAUUGUUUACGUGUGGCUGGUCUUCAUACAAAGUAGGUAUCAUCAUCAUGUUGAACAGAACUAGUAUGGUUCAAGUUGUUUCUCAUCAGAGGUAGUACGUACCUCCAGCGAACAGGAUAGUUCAAGUCUGAGGGUCUACGAUUGCUUGGAGCGCGUAGUAUUUGAGGGAGACCUGUCGGCCCUGGUGCGAAGCCUGGAAAGCGAAGUUCACGAUAUGACUUCUAGCA